AUGGCCGGAAAUUUAAGAAGAAGGAAUCAGCAGAGAAGAAGGAACUCCAGUUCAAGUAGUUCAGACAGUGAUGAGGAUCCAGAUUACACUGCUAGAUUGCCUAGCCAGAGGCUGCGCAGACAAUCAGGCAGCAGAGAUUCAGCGGAAUUCCAGGGGAGCUCUGCAAGUGGUUCCACAUCACGAGUGAGGCGGCGUCAUGAAACGCUGGAUUCGAUUCAAGAAGAAGCUGAGCCUGGUUCUUUACAGGUUGAAAGAAUCAACUUGGGAGGAACGAGGCGAUCCGUGUCUAGAAGGAGUAGGAAUUUCAAUGUCGAGGAGGGUUAUUCAGAAAAUGAUCAGUUUGGCAAUGGGAAUAAGAAAUAUUCUGCUAGGAGGGAGAAAAAUCAGAGUGGUGAGGCUGGAGAAGAUCAGAAGAAAGCCACCAUAUUGUCUUGGCUUAUGGAUUCGAAGGCGAUUGAGGAAGAUGAACAUGUUUUUUGUAUGGAUGAGUAUGACCAGAAGAUCAUUAAAGAAGGAAUUAUCAAAAGAGAUGGAAUUCUAUGCAACUGCUGCCAGAAGCUGUUUGAUGCAGAAUGCUUUGUUCGUCAUGGAGGGAGGCGAUCUGAUAAGCCGUAUGACUUGAUUGUUACCGCGAGAGAUCAAAUUUCCUUGUUGUCUUGCAUGAUGAAAGCUUGGAAUAUGCCAAAGAAUCUAAGACAUCGCAAAUUCAAUGGCGUCGAGACUAAAGACAGUUGCAGCGACGAGUAUGAUGAUGCGUGCGUGGUUUGUGCAGAUGGAGGGAACUUGACGUGUUGCGACAAAUGCAACUCCACAUACCAUCACAAGUGUGUUGGUUUGGAGGUGGUUCCUAGAGGAUCUUGGUAUUGUCCAUACUGUGUGUGCAAAUUCUGUGGAGAUCCUCCUCGCGAGAAUGCAGGCUUAUGUGAAUGCCCUCAAUGUGAAAAGAGAUAUCACUGGGACUGUCAUCAAAGAAUGGAUUUGAAAAUGAUUGAUCUCAACAGUAAUCCCUGUGCACCCUUCUGUGAGAGGAGGUGCAAAGAGGUCCAUGAUAAGUUGGAAGAAAGCUUGGUUGGGAUGAAGAAUGAGCUUGAUGAAGGCUUCUCUUGGAGUUUACUUCAUCGCAUGGACGAUGAUACCGGCAUUUACUUCGAGGACACAUACAAAAGAACCAUGUGCCACUCCAAGCUUGCUGUUGCACUGGGAUUGCUGGAGGACUGCUUUAAGCCGAUCGAUGACCGCCACACAAAAAUCAAUGUCAUCCCUAGUAUUGUAUACAAUUGUGGAUCAAAUUUCACCAGAAUGCAGUUUAAGGGCUUCUAUACAGCUAUCUUGGAAAAGAAUGAAGAAAUUAUCUGUGUGGCAACCUUAAGAAUUCAUGGGACAAGUCUUGCUGAAAUGCCCUUCAUUGCAACCAGCGACAUUCAUCGGCGCAAAGGAAUGUGCAGGAAACUUUUGAUAGCAAUGGAAUCAGCACUUUGUUACCUGAAUGUUGAAAAUCUGAUCAUCCCAUCAACACCUCAGAUGAUGAGCAACUGGACUGAAAAAUACGGUUUCCAUCUUCCGGAUGAAGCGAUGAAAAAGGAAAUCAUGAUCCACAAUACUCUGAUGUUUUACGAUACAAUCAGAUUGCAGAAGAAUUUGGUGCCACCCCAUUUGGCAAAAUCAGGCAGAAGCAGUGCAAUGCCACAUGGACAGACCAUGGGCAACCAACAGCAACACAACUGGCCAAGAUUUAGGCAUAAAGUGACAAUGACAUCAAUAUUUGACAUUGAUUUUCAACCUCCUUCGGGGUGGAAUAGCAUGGACAGAAGGCCUCAUCAGUAG